UUUUCAGACCUUUCUCCUCCUAGGUCUUUCCCGUCUAGUCAUUUCUCCCCCUUACAUCUCAGCCGUCCGAUUCUCCCGUCUCCCGCAUCCCAUCCGUCAAACUCCCUCUCGAACUUCCGAAAUUCAGUUCCUGAAGCGUCAAGCUUCCGACACCUGCUUUUUUCUUUUCCCGAUCGACUAACUUCGGAAACUUCCUUUGCAAGAUCCCCCGUUACAUCCUGCAAUCUGCCGAGGAUUUAGGAACUAGGGUUUAGAGCGACACUGCUUCCAGAAAAUUAGGGUUUGAAAAUUUCACGGCAUGGAAGCAAAGGGGCGGUUUACUUUGGGCAGGCAAUCGUCACUUGCACCUGAGGAUGACGGAUCAGAAGCCGUCGAUGAAGUAGAUGCCAUCGAUCCGACGGUUCGGAUCAUGUAUCUUGCGAACGAGGGCGACUUGGAAGGGAUCGAGGAACUCUUGGGUGCUGGAACAGAUGUGAAUUACAGCGACAUUGAUGGGCGGACGGCUCUGCACGUCGCCGCUUGCCAAGGCCGCACGGAUGUUGUCGAGUUGCUGAUCCGGAGGGGCGCCAAGGUCGAUUCGAAGGAUCGAUGGGGAAGUACGCCACUUGCAGAUGCAAUAUAUUACAAGAACCAUGAUGUGAUCAAGCUAUUGGAGAAACAUGGUGCAAAGCCUCUGACGGUUCCCAUGCAUGUUCAAAAUGCUCGCGAUGUCCCAGAAUAUGAGAUUGAUCCAAGUGAGCUUGAUUUUGCCAACAGUGUUGAUAUAACUAAGGGGACCUAUCGUAUUGCAACCUGGCAAGGAACCCAAGUUGCUGUGAAAACGCUUGCAGAGGAUGUUUUCAGUGAUGAGGAUAAAGUGAGGGCAUUUAUGGAUGAGCUUGCAUUGCUUCAGAAAAUAAGGCAUCCAAAUGUCGUCCAGUUUCUGGGUGCUGUGACUCAGAGUAGUCCGAUGAUGAUUGUCACUGAAUAUUUGCCCAAGGGUGAUCUUCGAACAUUCUUGAAAAGGAGAGGAGCAUUAAAGCCAGCACAUGCAGUAAAAUUCGCACUUGAUAUUGCGAGGGGAAUGAACUACUUGCAUGAAAAUAAGCCAGCUAUCAUUCACCGUGACCUGGAGCCUUCAAAUAUACUGCGGGAUGAUUCUGGGCAUCUGAAAGUUGCAGACUUUGGAGUUAGCAAGCUGCUGAAAGUAGCAAAAACAGUUAAAGAAGAGAGACCUGUAACAUGUCAUGACACUUCCUGCCGGUAUGUGGCUCCAGAAGUUUUCCUAAAUGAGGAAUACGACACGAAAGUGGAUGUUUUUUCAUUUGCUUUAAUUCUACAAGAGAUGAUUGAAGGAUUACUACCAUUUUCUACAAAAGAAGAAAAAGAAGUUCCAAAAGUAUAUGCUGCUAAAGAGCGGCCACCUUUUAGAGCUCCAUUGAAGCUUUAUUCUCAUGGAUUAAAACAGUUGAUUGAAGAAUGCUGGAACGAGAACCCAGCCAAGAGACCAACAUUCAAACAAAUAAUUGAAUGUCUCUCUGCCAUUAAUAAUCGCCUUGCUUAUAAGAGGCGUUGGAAGGUUAGGCCAAUGAAAUGUUUCCAGAACCUUGAAGCAAUGUUUAAGAAAAAUCCUUCGGCUCCAAGCAGUAGAGGUGGGUCAUCUCGUUCAACCAGUUGAUCAAGCCUUUUCCGGCUCAGAUUCUCGUCUAUCAUACCGGCGCCUUUUCUAACUGCUAGUAUUUUUUGUUCCCACAUGUGCCUUUUUUAUUGUUAAAAUGCUGUAUCUCAGAACUUACAAUUCUCCCAUGAUCCAAGGGUGCAUGCAUCUGUUGAUGUGCAUUUACAAACACAUUUCGACAUAAGUGUACAUCAAAGCUUGGCCCACUGUCCCCUUGACCAUAAGAAGGUGUGCCGUACAUUGGAGUUACAUUCGAUGAUUUGCCCAGACACUUUGUAUGUCAGUUUUCUUUUUUAAUUAUAAAAAAAUCCUGAAAAAAUGUGUGAUGUUAGAUUUUUAAAACCCAGCAUGUGUAUGAAAAUUGGAUAUCUCAAUAAAACACAGCAGUUUGUGAA